CGCUUACUGAUCGAGUAUCGAACUUCAUCUCAAUCUCACACAGCUUCCUUACUUUCGCUUCGAAAAUCGAAACUCCAUCCCUAACCAGCUUAGCCAUGAAAAGAGACAGACAAUUCGAAGAUGAGCAGACCCUGGACUUGGUUAGUUGCUUGAUGCAGUUGUCCAAAGCCGGCCAAAAUGAUUCGUUUCCCGUCAAAAAACAGAAGACGUCAGAUCGUGCCUUUGUUUGCAAGACCUGUAAUCGCGAGUUCUCCUCGUUCCAAGCCCUCGGAGGUCACAGGGCGAGCCACAACAAGCCGAAACUAAUGGCCGGCGGAGCUACGGACCUUUUACAGCUUUCUCAGUCUACGGCUAGCUCGCCGGCGAAACCCAAGACGCAUGAGUGCCCGAUCUGCGGGCUUGAAUUCGCACUUGGGCAAGCGCUUGGAGGACACAUGAGAAGACAUAGGGACCUUAUGAGUUCUGCUGCUGCAGAUCGAGUUCGGGCAGCAGCCGUGCCGGUGUUGAAGAAAUCGAAUAGUAGCAAAAGGGUGUCGUGUUUGAAUCUGGAUUUGAAUUUGGCACCGCCGGGAGAUCAACGUCAUUACGAUUUGACAAAGUUGCAGUUGAUUGUUUGAAACCGAUCGAAUAGUAUAGUGUUGCACAUAUUGUAUACCUAAUUCGAUUAGGUUAGAUGUGAAUUUCUAUAGUCGGAAUUUUUUUAUUCGGUGUUCGUAUAGAAACAGUGGAGACGAUUUAUAUCAGUUUUCUCCAAUAUUUUUUGGUUAGCUGAUUGUUCUCAGCUAGUUUAAUUUCUUUUGACAUUGGUUUGGUACAUUCUUUAAUUUGUUCUCAAUUUAGACAACGAUAUAUUGUUCUCAAUAUUAUUUGGUACUCAA